AAAUGAAAUAGAACAGAAAAGAAGUCAGGAGAAGAGUGCGCAAGUGGGGUGUGAUCUCUUCUCUUUCGUUGCGUCCCUCCAAAAAGCUCAAGAGCCAGAGCCACCACCCCGUCCCCAGCCUCGCCCAACGCACCACCCACCAUACAUAGGAAAGGUAAACGAGGAAAAGGAAAAAUCUUUCGACCCAGUUUGGGAUUUUUCAGAAUGGCGGGUGUUAAAAUCUCAAUGUGUUGAGAGAGGGAGAGAGGGAGAGAGGGGAUUUUGACAGAGGAAACGAAGAGCAGAGCCCGAGCAAGGACCUCUCGUCUCUCGUCUCUCGCCCUUCGACGGCGCUCGGUUGUUUCUUUCCGGCUCUCUCUCUCUUUUGGGUGUUGUGCGAAAAAUGGAUUGCUGGUCUUCUCCUCUCGCCGUCGAUGACGAGUUCGAGAAACUUGUUCUUAGAAUGAACCCACCGAGGGUCACAGUUGAUAAUGCCUCCAGCAAAAACGCCACUCUGGUCAAGGUUGAUAGCGCCAAUAAGCGUGGGAGCUUAUUAGAGGUGGUUCAGGUCCUGACUGAUAUGAAUCUCAUGAUUCGCCGGGCUUAUAUUUCUUCUGAUGGAGAGUGGUUUAUGGAUGUGUUUCACGUGACGGAUCAGAAAGGGAACAAGCUUUCUGAAGAUGAUGUUGCUGAACGGAUUCAACUGUCACUGGGCCCCAGAAUACGGAGUUUUCGGUCCUUGAGGAGCUCUGUCGGUGUCCAAGCUGCCGCAGAACACACAACUAUUGAACUGACGGGGAGAGACCGGCCGGGCUUGCUUUCAGAGGUUUUUGCAGUUCUGGCCAACCUGAAAUGUAAUGUAGUGGCUGCAGAAGUCUGGACCCACAAUUCGAGGAUGGCAUCAGUGGUUUAUAUCACCGACGAAGCGUCCAGUUUGCCAAUUGACGAUCCCGACCGCCUUGCUAAGAUAAAGCAGUUGCUCCUAUUCGUGUUGAAGGGCAACAGAGAUAAGAAGAGUGCGAAUACCGCUGUCACAGUGGGCUCCACUCACACCGAAAGGAGGCUCCAUCAGUUGAUGUAUGCAGAUCGCGAUUACGAUGUGGAUGGUGUGGACGGAGGAUCUGCAGGAGAGCGGACCAAAAUUUCUGUAACGGUUGAUAAUUGCACAGACAAGGGAUAUACUGUUGUGACCUUGAGAUGCCAGGAUCGCCCUAAAUUAAUCUUCGAUACGGUGUGCACCUUGACAGAUAUGGAUUAUGUCGUGUUCCAUGGAACUGUCAUUGCCGAGGGACCUGAGGCUUAUCAGGAAUAUUACAUCAGGCACGUGGAUGGUUCACCGAUUAGUUCCGAGGCAGAGAGGCAAAGGGUGAUUCAUUGUUUGGGGGCUGCGAUUAAGAGGCGAACUUCUGAGGGAAUAAAACUAGAACUCUGUUGUGACGACAGAGUUGGCCUUCUGUCCAAUGUGACUCGAAUAUUCAGAGAAAAUGGUCUGUCAGUCACUCGGGCUGAGGUUACCACGAGGGGUUCUCAAGCUGUGAAUAUGUUUUAUGUGACCGAUUCCGCCGGUAAUCCAGUCAAGAGCGAGAUAAUCGAGGCUGUCCGGAGACAGAUUGGCCUGACGAUACUUCGCGUUAAGGACGAUUCCUACUCGCAGUCUCCAACACAAGACACCGGUAAAUUCUCUCUGGGCAACCUCUUCCGCUCACGGUCGGAGAAGUUCCUUUACAAUCUGGGCUUGAUAAAAUCAUGUUCGUGAGAGGUGAUUUAGGAAGAAUGUAGCUUUUCUCUAGUGUCUGUAAACGAUAGGAUUAGUCAGAGCUCGCUCUUACUUUUUCAUUCAUGACCACAUGGCGUCAACCAGGAUUGGUCCGGGUCGGGGCACAAAGUGUGUAGAAUCAUAAAUUGGCUUGUAAAGUACCUUGUACAUAGUUCUCUCCAGCCGCAUCUGUUGCUUCAUUGGAGGAUGUUGUAAGUAUAUCAGUUGCCCAACUUUUGGUAAAUCAUUCAAUCUGAAGUGGUUUCUCUCA